AUGGCGGCCGCUGCUGCAUCCGCUGAGCUCGACCCGAGCAACAGCUCGAAGAACACCCUCAAGCUCGAAAAUACCGAGAAGCGUGACAACCUGAUCGCAAUUGAGAAGAAGUACCAGGCGCAAUGGAAGGCCAACAAGGUUUUCGAAGUCGACGCCCCCUCCUUCGAUGAGGUCCCCCAAGGCUCCAUGACCCCCGCCGAGAUGCGCGAGAAGCACCCCAAGUUUUUCGGAACAAUGGCUUAUCCUUACAUGAAUGGAACUCUCCACGCCGGUCACGCCUUCACUGCCAGUAAGGUCGAGUUCAUGACUGGCUUUGCCCGCAUGGAGGGCAAGCGUGCCCUGUUCCCUCUUGGAUUCCACUGCACUGGUAUGCCCAUCAAGGCUUGUGCUGAUAAGCUGCGCGACGAGGUCAAGCUCUUUGGACAGAACUUCGAAGGAUACAGCGAGGAGGAGGCUGCUGCUCCCUCUGCUCCCACCCAGGAGUCUAAGCCCGAGGCUAAGGAGCAAGCCGAGAAGUUCUCCGGCAAGAAGAGCAAGGCCGCUGCCAAGACCGUCAAGAUGAAGUACCAGUUCCAGAUCAUGCUGGCCAUUGGUGUUCCUCUUGAGGAUAUUCACAAGUUUGCCGAUGCCAACCACUGGCUGCAACACUUUCCUCCCCUCGCCAUCCGUGAUCUCGACAGCAUGGGUGCCCGCGUCGACUGGCGCCGUCAAUUCGUUACUACCGAUGCCAACCCGUACUACGACGCUUUCGUGAGAUGGCAGAUGAACCGCCUGCACGAGCUCAACAAGAUCAUGUACGGCCAAAGAUACACCAUCUACUCUCCCAAGGAUGGCCAGCCUUGUAUGGACCACGAUCGAACUGAGGGUGAGGGUAUUGGUCCCCAGGAAUACACUGCCCUGAAGCUCCAGGUCAAGGACAACAUCGAAGAUGACGCCAAGGUGUACUUUGUACCUGCAACCCUUCGACCUGAGACUAUGUAUGGUCAGACCAAUUGCUUUGUUGGUCCUAAGGUUACUUACGGUCUGUUUAAACUGAAGGAGAAGGAAUACAUCGUCGUGACUAAGCGUGCUGCUUGGAACAUGGCUUUCCAGGGCCACUUCUUCAGCGAGUUCCCCAAGUCACAGGAUGAUCUGCCUCUUGUCUUCGAGACGGUCGGUAGUGACUUUGUCGGUACUCUGAUCAAUGCUCCUCUGUCGUUCCACACUGAGGGUGUCUACAUUCUGCCCAUGGAUGGCGUCUCUGCUACCAAGGGUACUGGUGUUGUGACUUCCGUUCCCUCAGACAGCCCUGACGAUUAUGCCACUCUCAUGGACUUGAUCAAGAAGGCUGAGUUCUACGGCAUCAAGAAGGAAUGGGCCGAGAAGGAGAUCCACCCCGUUAUUGAGACUCCUACCUACGGUAACCUGACCGCCCCUGCUCUCGUUAAGCAGCUAAAGAUCAACUCCCCCAAGGAUGUUAACCAGCUGGCCCAGGCCAAGGAGCUUGCAUACAUGGAGGGUUUCUAUAAGGGAACCAUGCUCGUGGGCGAGUUUAAGGGUGAGCCUGUCAGCGCUGUCAAGGACAAGAUCCGCGCGGCUCUCAUUGAGAGCGGCGAUGCUUUCCCCUUUGCCGACCCUAUGGGCAAGGUUGUCAGUCGCAGUGGUGACGACUGUGUUGUUGCCUACCUCGGCCAGUGGUUCCUGAACUAUGGUGAGAACGAUCCUGAGUGGCAGAAGGAGACAUUAAACCACGUCCUGAACGGCUUGAACACCUACUCCAACGAGACCAAGAACGGGUUCGAGAAGAACCUUUCGUGGCUGAACCGCUGGGCCUGUGCCCGAACUUACGGUCUUGGUUCCAAGCUGCCUUGGGAUCAACAGUUCCUGGUCGAGAGUUUGAGUGAUAGUACCGUCUACAUGGCUUACUACACUAUCGCUCAGCUUCUGCACGGCGACCGUUAUGGUAAAACCACUGGUCCUCUGGGCGUUACCGCCGACCAGAUGAUCGACGAGGUAUGGGACUAUAUCUUUACUCGCCGUGAGAUCAGCGACGAGCUCAUCUCCAAAUGUGGCAUCUCCAAGGAGGCUCUGCAAAAGAUGCGCCGCGAAUUCGAGUACUGGUACCCUCUUGACGUCCGUGUCUCUGGAAAGGAUCUUAUCCAAAACCACUUGACCUUCUUCCUAUACAUUCACGUUGCUCUAUUCCCACCCGAGUACUGGCCCAAGGGCGUGCGCGCUAACGGACACUUGCUCCUCAACGGAGAGAAGAUGAGUAAGAGUACUGGUAACUUCCUGACUCUGAAGGAUUCAGUAGACAAAUAUGGUAGCUCAGCCACGCGUGUUGCCUUCGCUGACGCCGGAGACUCCAUCGAGGAUGCCAACUUCGAGGAGAGUGUUGCCAACAGCAACAUUCUGCGUCUGCACACUCUGAAGGAAUGGAUCCUGGAGGUUUCCAAGGAUGAGUCCCUGCGUACCGGCCCGGCCGAUGCCUUCGCUGACAAGUUGUUCGACAAUGAGCUGAACAGCCUGGUCCGUGAGACACAGAAGCACUACCAAAACACUGAUUUUAAGCUCGCCCUGAAGUCUGGUCUGUAUGACUUUACCAGCGCUCGUGACACCUACCGUGAGUCUGCCAUCGCCGCUGGUGUUGGUAUGAACAAGGAUGUUGUCCUGCGCUACAUUGAGCUGCAGGCUCUCAUGUUGGCUCCUAUCGCUCCUCACUGGUCUGAGUACAUCUGGCUCGAGAUUCUCAAGAAGCCCGAGACCAUUCACUUUGCCAGGUUCCCUGUUGUGCCCGAGCCCUCUCACGAGCUGUCCGCCGCUCAGGCUUACGUUCGCGGUACUGCCUCCAACAUCCUGUCCUCUGAGGGUAGCUUCGCCAAGAAGCUGUCCAAGGGCAAGACGUCAGCAUUCGACCCCCGCAAGCCCAAGCAGCUCACAAUCUUCGCUGCCAAGAAGUAUCCCGUCUGGCAAGAGAAGUACAUUGACCUCGUCCGCGAUGCCUUUGACGCUCUGAACAUUUCCUUCAACGACAAGGAGCUCAACGCCAAGGUCGGCAAGCUUGGUGAGAUGAAGAAGGCUAUGCCUUUCGUUCAAACCUUGAAGCGUCGCCUGGUGAAUGGCCGCGAGUCCCCCGAGAACGUCUUUGAGCGCAAGCUACCCUUCGACGAAUUCGCCGUCCUUGCUGAGAUGGUUGACGGCCUCAAGCGUACCUCGGGAUUCAAGCUGAUUGAGGUCAUUGCUGUUGAUGAGGGUGGUAAGACUGGUGAGGUUGUUGGUACAGGCGAGAAGCGCGAGGGUCUCCAGGCUGAGAAUGCCGUCCCUGGCCAGCCUACCUUCACCUUCGCCAACGUUGAGUAG